AUGGUAUACUUGGCUAGAUCUCCUUUGAAAGUAAUACUCUUCGGCGAACACGGGGUUCUGUCUGGAGGAAGAUGCCUUGCAGUUGCAAUAGACGUAUAUGGGUAUCUAGCAAUGAAGUCUUCCUCAAUAAACAAGGCCAUCAUUAUCGAUACGAAUGGAAACUGUGUAGACUUAAUCGAGAAAUAUAAGUAUGCCAUUCCUGGAUUCGAUGCAAUUCUUUUCCUGGAAACGCCGCUGGGAUGUGGACUGGGAACAAGCGCAGCCAUAUCCCUCUUGAUGUCGUAUGGCAAAGCUCGAGGCCCAAAUAUGCUCCGGGAGGCCUAUGCAAUGGAGAAUACAUUCCAUGGAAAGUCCUCUGGCGUCGAUGUGUCAACCUGCUAUAGCGGAGGCCUAAUUUCUUUCAAGGAGGGUGUGGUAGAGAAGCUUUCUGUCGAUCAUCUUUCUCAGUUCAAGAUACUUAUCUUUAAUAGCCAAAUAUCCAAGAAUACGGAGGCUGCUGUGAGGCUAGGAGAGCUCAACAGGGAGCUAUAUGAUGAGAUAGGGAAGGUUUCUGAAGAAGCAUAUUGGCUACUACAAAGAGAAUUCACUCUGCCGGAGCUAUACAAGCUCAUUAGAAAGAGCCAGGAUCUGCUGGAUAGGCUGGGGGUUUGCCCAGAUGAGAUGAGGAAGGUGGUGAGUAAGAUGAGGAAGCUUGGAAUUGAGGCGAAGAUAACGGGAGCUGGGUGUGGAGGGCAUCUUGUAACAGUGGUAAAGAAAGGUCAGCAGAUUCCUGGCUGGAGAUCGGUAUCCAUUGACCAUCAAGGAUUUCACGUUUUCGGUACCGAACUCUGA